AUUGCAUCCAAGUACGACCAUCAGGCAGAAGAAGAUCUUCGCAACUGGAUAGAAGAGGUGACUGGCAUGAGCAUUGGCACCAACUUUCAGCUGGGCUUAAAGGACGGCAUCAUCCUCUGCGAGCUCAUAAACAAACUACAGCCAGGUGCUGUGAAGAAAGUUAACGAGUCCUCGCUAAACUGGCCUCAGUUGGAGAAUAUCGGCAACUUCAUUAAAGCUAUUCAGGCUUAUGGCAUGAAACCCCAUGACAUCUUUGAAGCAAAUGAUCUCUUUGAAAAUGGAAACAUGACGCAGGUUCAGACUACGCUGGUGGCCCUAGCUGGUCUGGCGAAAACAAAAGGGUUCCAUACAACCAUUGACAUUGGGGUUAAGUAUGCAGAGAAGCAAACGAGACGUUUUGAUGAAGGAAAAUUAAAAGCCGGUCAAAGUGUGAUUGGCUUGCAGAUGGGAACCAACAAGUGUGCCAGCCAAGCCGGUAUGACAGCCUAUGGGACUCGGAGGCAUCUUUAUGAUCCCAAAAUGCAAACCGACAAGCCCUUUGACCAGACCACAAUUAGUCUGCAGAUGGGCACUAACAAAGGGGCCAGCCAGGCGGGGAUGUUGGCACCAGGCACCAGAAGAGACAUCUACGAUCAGAAGCUGACCCUACAGCCAGUGGACAACUCGACCAUCUCUCUACAGAUGGGCACCAACAAAGUGGCUUCCCAGAAAGGGAUGAGUGUGUACGGGCUGGGGCGGCAAGUGUAUGACCCCAAAUACUGUGCCGCCCCCACCGAACCUGUCCUUCACAACGGCAGCCAAGGAACAGGAACGAAUGGGUCGGAGAUCAGUGAUAGCGACUAUCAGGCCGAGUACCCAGACGAGUGUCAUGGGGAGUACCCAGAUGACUACCCCCGAGAGUACCAAUAUGGCGACCAAGGCAUGGAUUACUAGAGUCACGCCGAGGAGGAGCGAGCGCAGUAUUUACUCCAUCGUUCUUCUUCCGUGAGAGCCAGGCUAGCCUUGAGUAAUUUUUAUCUCGUCUUCCUGAAACACUAUUAUGCUGAUUAUACCUAAAAGAAAUAUUGCCUUACAUACAUUCCUUUUUCCUUUUUCUGCCUCUUGCCUCGGUAGUUGCCUUGCAGUGCUGUAACAGUUAACUCCUGCAGCAGAACCAGUGACUCGCAUAUGAAGUAAAAAGGAAUACUGUGAAAGGGGAGUACUCUUGUACAGCCAAUUCUUUUAUGAAAGAUCUAUGCAUUUUUACAGUCUUCUACGUAAAACUGGUAUUUUCCAACAAUAGGAACAGUUUUUCUUUUUUUCUGUUCUUUUUUUUUUUUUUUUGGGCAGUUCAGUAUCUGGUUUCUACACGGAAGACUAAACUCGUGCUUAAUAGCUAAAUGUGGUCUUUGCCAACUAAAUCUGAAAUGUUUAGAGAUUUACAUAUCAAUGUUUCUACAGUAUUGUUUGCUAAUUUUUAAAUAAAGUCGUGAUCAGUGUGCACCUGUGA